UUGCCGAGGCUGGCUUGUCGUCGACGCGCGCGGCGAGCUUUCUAAAAUUAAGCCCCCGUAUCCUCUGCUUCUGCCGUUCGUAUCUCUCGAGCGUCCCUUUCUGCGUUCCGCCGUGCUGGAUAGUCGGGAGCCGCGUGGCAGCGGGACGUCGUACACUUGGCCACCGAAGUAUGAGCAAUUACUGCUUCUACUAUGCGAGGGAAGUGCAGCUCGAGACCAAUGGACUCACUAGAAUCGACAAAUUCUUCAAGGGAAAUCCAAGGCUGCUCGGAUUAGCCGAGGACGCAAAACGGACUUUCGGAAAGUACAGACUACAGGCUCGACCAUUGAAAGGGGGCUUAUCCGGUACCGGAGACGUUCACCAUCCAGCCAAAGUUGUCGUCAAGCGUAGCCAGAAAAUUAACGAGUUGUCUAAAAUAAAAAGAAGACACCACUUGACAAACGCGCAGCAGCCUAACGGUAAAUCAAACCCACGUUAAUUUGGUCUCACCCACGCGGAGAAAAUGGCCUUCAU